AAGCCGGCCGAGGCGGGAGAGCUGUCGGUCUUCUCCGUGUUGAGUGGGCUGCAGCACCUACUUGCCCUUGGAGCCUUCUACCCACCCAGAUUAUCCUUUCCCAAACACUGCCCUGAUGGGCUUGUGCUUGCCCGGAGAAGCCAGCUUGACCCUAGCUCAAGACACCCUGAGCUCAGGGGCGGCGUCCUUCGCCUCACUUAGCCCCUGAAUCUGGCUCAGUGCCGAGGGCGGGGCCCGGUGCUAAGAACCGAAAGGGGCUUGGCUGAGGAUCAGGAGAAAACGCCAAGGCUGUAGCAAGUGAGAAGAGCUGGACGCCGAAGCGUGGGUGCCUCCUCCAGCCAAGCCCACCAGCUGUGGCGCCUGCUCCGCUCCCAGCCUCUCUCCCCGGGCGUGCAGCCGGCUGGUAGUCUCUAGCAGCAGGAGCACUGCUGUACGCGGACUUGCAGAGACGCGCUGAGUGCGGCGGUACGCGCCCGCUCAGGUCGCAGUCACACGCCCCAGUGUGUAUACAGCAGUGACACGUUUGGAACGCCGGCCCACCUACGUCAGUGCUGCACUGACUUGUUUACAGCCAGGGGAAGGGCGGCGUCGGUACGGCGUUCCGGCGCAGACUGGCGGGCCAACCCCGAGUGCGGGCUCGCACGGCCUGACAGAUCGACAGUGGGGAGCCGGUCGCGGGCAGGCACCGGAGCGCAGGACGCACAGGGCUGCCCGGAAGGCGGACUAGGCCCGUGUGCACAGAUUUCUGGGUGCAUGGGAGCGCUCCCGGGCAGUCACAGCAGGGUCCAGGCGGGGACCGAAGGUUUGGCAGGGCGUCGUGGCACGUGACCGCCCAGGCCAGCUGGCACCACCCGCCUUGCCGCAGGUCGGCGCUACAGCGCUAUGCGACCUUAGCCCUUCCAGCAGCCGCAGCCCGCGCGGUGGGCGGGGCCUCAAGCGGAACUUCCGGCGCGACGUCGAGGGGGCGGUGCCCUGCGCGGUCCCAGCUUUGCUUCCGGGGCGCCGGUGACGUGACGGCCGCGACGCCUCCUGUGGUGCGUCGGGGAAGACGCCGGGGCUCCGUGCUGCGCGCCUGCCUCGGCCGCUGUCGUCUCGGUCGCCGACGCCGCCAUGAACAAGAAGAAGAAGCCGUUCUUGGGCAUGCCCGCGCCGCUUGGCUACGUGCCAGGGCUGGGCCGCGGUGCCACUGGCUUCACCACUCGCUCAGACAUUGGGCCUGCCCGGGACGCAAAUGAUCCUGUGGAUGACCGCCAUGCACCACCAGGGAAGAGAACCGUGGGAGACCAGAUGAAGAAAAACCAGGCUGCUGAUGAUGACGACGAGGAUCUGAACGACACUAACUAUGAUGAGUUUAAUGGUUAUGCUGGGAGCCUCUUCUCAAGUGGACCUUAUGAGAAAGAUGAUGAGGAAGCAGAUGCUAUUUAUGCAGCUCUGGAUAAAAGAAUGGAUGAAAGAAGGAAAGAAAGAAGAGAACAAAGGGAGAAAGAAGAGAUUGAGAAAUAUCGAAUGGAACGCCCCAAAAUCCAGCAGCAGUUUUCAGAUCUCAAAAGGAAGUUGGCAGAGGUCACAGAAGAAGAAUGGCUGAGCAUCCCAGAAGUUGGGGAUGCCAGAAACAAACGUCAGCGGAAUCCACGCUAUGAGAAGCUGACUCCUGUUCCUGAUAGCUUUUUCGCCAAACAUUUACAGACGGGAGAGAAUCAUACUUCUGUGGAUCCCCGGCAAACUCAAUUUGGAGGUCUGAACACACCCUAUCCAGGCGGGCUCAACACUCCAUACCCAGGUGGAAUGACACCAGGUCUGAUGACCCCUGGCACAGGGGAGCUGGACAUGAGGAAGAUUGGGCAAGCAAGAAACACUUUGAUGGACAUGAGGUUGAGCCAGGUGUCUGACUCAGUGAGUGGACAGACUGUUGUGGACCCCAAAGGCUAUCUGACAGAUUUAAACUCUAUGAUCCCAACCCACGGAGGGGACAUCAAUGAUAUCAAGAAAGCACGACUGCUCCUCAAGUCUGUUCGGGAGACAAACCCUCAUCACCCGCCAGCCUGGAUUGCCUCUGCACGCUUGGAGGAAGUGACUGGAAAGCUGCAAGUAGCUCGGAACCUUAUUAUGAAAGGGACAGAGAUGUGUCCUAAGAGUGAAGAUGUCUGGCUAGAAGCAGCCAGGUUGCAGCCUGGAGACACAGCUAAGGCUGUUGUGGCCCAAGCUGUCCGUCAUCUCCCACAGUCUGUUAGGAUUUAUAUCAGAGCAGCAGAGCUAGAAACGGACAUUCGAGCAAAGAAGCGGGUUCUUCGAAAAGCCCUUGAGCAUGUUCCCAACUCUGUUCGCUUGUGGAAAGCGGCUGUUGAGCUGGAAGAGCCUGAAGAUGCCAGAAUCAUGCUCAGCCGAGCUGUGGAGUGCUGUCCCACCAGCGUAGAGCUCUGGCUGGCUCUAGCGAGGCUGGAGACUUACGAAAAUGCCCGCAAGGUCUUAAAUAAAGCACGUGAGAACAUUCCUACAGACCGGCACAUCUGGAUCACAGCUGCCAAGCUUGAGGAAGCCAAUGGGAACACUCAGAUGGUGGAGAAGAUCAUUGACCGAGCCAUCACUUCCCUGCGGGCCAAUGGUGUAGAGAUCAACCGCGAGCAGUGGAUCCAGGAUGCUGAGGAGUGUGACAGGGCAGGAAGUGUGGCCACCUGCCAGGCAGUCAUGCGUGCUGUGAUUGGGAUUGGGAUUGAAGAAGAAGAUCGGAAGCACACCUGGAUGGAAGAUGCUGACAGUUGUGUGGCCCACAACGCCCUGGAGUGUGCACGAGCCAUCUACGCCUAUGCCCUGCAAGUAUUCCCCAGCAAGAAGAGUGUGUGGCUGCGAGCCGCAUACUUUGAGAAAAAUCAUGGCACCAGGGAGUCUCUAGAAGCACUUCUUCAGAGGGCUGUGGCCCACUGCCCCAAGGCAGAGGUGCUUUGGCUCAUGGGAGCUAAAUCCAAGUGGUUGGCAGGGGACGUGCCUGCAGCAAGGAGCAUCUUGGCCUUGGCCUUCCAGGUGGGUAAGGUACAGCUUGUGUUGGGAGGGGCCUGGGAAAGGCCUGUGCGGGAUACCUGGACGCUGGUGUUGGACUUCCCCAAGCUGUGGAUGAUGAAAGGGCAGAUUGAGGAGCAGGGAGAGCUGAUGGAGAAGGCUCGAGAGGCCUACAACCAAGGGCUAAAGAAGUGCCCCCACUCCACACCCCUGUGGCUCUUACUUUCCCGGCUAGAGGAGAAGAUUGGGCAGCUGACCCGAGCACGGGCCAUUUUGGAGAAGUCUCGCCUGAAAAACCCAAAGAAUCCUGGGCUGUGGUUGGAAUCCGUGCGGCUGGAGUAUCGUGCAGGGCUGAAGAACAUUGCCAACACACUCAUGGCCAAGGCAUUGCAGGAGUGCCCCAACUCUGGUAUCCUGUGGUCUGAAGCUGUCUUCCUUGAGGCCAGGCCCCAGAGGAAGACCAAGAGUGUGGACGCCCUGAAGAAGUGUGAGCAUGACCCUCACGUGCUCCUGGCCGUAGCCAAGCUGUUCUGGAGUGAACGGAAGAUCACCAAGGCCCGGGAGUGGUUCCACCGCACAGUGAAGAUUGAUUCUGAUCUGGGGGAUGCGUGGGCUUUUUUCUACAAGUUUGAGCUACAGCACGGCACUGAGGAGCAGCAAGAGGAGGUGAGGAAACGCUGUGAGAACGCAGAGCCCCGGCACGGGGAGCUCUGGUGCACUGUGUCCAAGGACAUCGCCAACUGGCAGCGGAAGAUUGGGGAGAUCCUGGUGCUGGUGGCUGCUCGCAUCAAGAAUACCUUCUGAGGGGCCUGUGGGAGUGGCACAUGGGUGGGGUGCACGGGGCCUCAGAUACUUGUCUUCAUUUAUUAAAAGAUUUUUGUGUAUCCUA